AUGCACCUCAAUGGCGGACACGGACAACACAGCUUGUCUGGAGAGAGCGCUCGCGGCGACUGCUUUCAGAGCCUUUACGCACCCACUUCCUCAGCAGUAAAGGUUGUCCAACCCAAUCCGUCAUUCGUGACUUCUAAUUUGGGAAUCUUUGUCUGUCGGCUACAACACUUCCGACCCAUUCACCUUACACAUCGGCCUAGUCGGUCACAUGGGAAUCCAUCCCACAGAGACUGGCAAACUAGUGCCUGUAGUAUCAACUUAACCUCAUCGCAUCCGCCUCAACUGCCCUCACUGCCCCCGCACAUUCGCUACUACUACUACUACUACUACUACUACUACUACUACUACUACUACUACUACUACCGCUACUACUACUACUACUACUACUACUACCGCUACUACUACUACUACUACUACUACUACUACCACUACUACUAA